ACCGCCAGGUCACCUGACAGGAUCGCUAAAAGGCUGCUGGGAGAACUGCCAUUCCGUUUGAGGCGAUAGAGGCGAAAAAAGGUUGACAUUCUGCAGAAUUUGUCGAAUUUCUUGGCGGACUUGUAGAGUUUAAAGCCGUGUUACACGCUCUUCUGGCACAAUGGCGUUGAAAAGAAUCAAGAAGGAGCUGCAGGACCUGGGACGGGACCCACCAGCACAGUGCUCAGCCGGCCCAGUCGGAGAUGAUCUGUUCCACUGGCAAGCCACCAUCAUGGGGCCGCCGGACAGCCCGUAUCAGGGAGGGGUUUUCUUCCUAACCAUCCACUUCCCAACAGACUACCCAUUCAAGCCGCCUAAAGUGGCCUUUACAACCCGAAUCUAUCAUCCCAACAUCAACUCCAACGGCUCUAUCUGCCUGGAUAUCUUGCGUAGUCAGUGGUCUCCAGCGCUCACAAUCUCCAAGGUCCUGUUGUCCAUCUGUUCCCUGCUAUGUGACCCUAACCCAGACGACCCCCUUGUGCCGGAGAUAGCGCGGAUCUACAAGAUGGACAAACCACGGUAUAACGAUCUCGCAAAGGAAUGGACCAAGAAGUACGCCAUGUGACGCCGGUAUCUUGUACUACAGGAAAUAAAAGAGAAAAGGGAGAGAAAAGGACACAAAAAUACCUGGCAGGGUGUGUGGAAUCACAUUAUUGACUGAGAACUUAAGUCCUGAUCAGACAUUUAAAGUUAUGUAGGUGCAAAAAUUGAAAAUGUUUCCUUUGAUUUUGUAGUUACAUUUCCAAUAUGGUCUUAAAUAAACUCCUUUGAGAUAACUAGCACCAACUUCAGUGUGUUCUGGAUUGGUUCGAUAUGUAUAUUGACCUUGUUUUAUAUUGAGGGGGGAUCCAAAAGCUUAUAUUGGAAGAAGACUGUACUAACUUUCAUAGUCAUCUUAAAAACUUCUGCCAGUCUGAUGUCACAUACCUUUGUCAGUAUGGAAAAAGCAAGCUGCAGUUUACACAUACUUGCAACUGUAAAGGAGCAUAUUUAGAAGUUUCAAUUAUCGAUAGUGUAAAUGUGAUAGAAAUGGUAGAAAAAGCUAGGCCAAAGUCCAAACCAGACUUCUGUUUGUGAGGUUCAUGCCUGUGGGCAUCUCUCAGGGGAAGAAUGGACCUUGACAAAUGAGUUUCCAAUGGGAACUUUCUGUGAAUAUAACAUACCAACUAUCUCAAGUUUACAAAAUUUAUCGUGUACAACAACAAGGACUUUUAGUACCAACACUUGAAGACAGAGCAGCUGAUUUGAUGUGUUUGAGUAUAUCACUUAUAGUAAAGACAAUUCUGUGGUAGGAUCAGUAACAAGGAAAGUCAUACAAUGAACAAUGCCCUAUUCUGCGAAUUACUACUGUGCUUGAUAAUCAGUUCAUUUUGAUAAAGGCUUUGUGAGUUAUCAACUACAUUAGUAUUUCAUCAUAACACAUUUGAUGACACAAUCAUCAUAUUUAUCAUAGCAGACAGUUAAAAUAGUUAAAACAUUAUAUCACCUUAGGUUUUACAUAAUACAUGUUACCAACAAAAGUUGAACUUCUCAUUGUCAAUUUUAUACCAGUUUCAAGAGAUUCUCAUUAAGGGGCAUUGUCCUGUCAGUUCUGAGGGCACAAAUGUUUGAAUAUGUUGAUGAAUUUUGUCAUCAAAUGAUAUUGAUUUUUCUUGCUACCUGUAACACUUCCUGAGCUCAAAGCUUUAGCAAAUAAUUACUGAUCUUUUGUUGUUUAGUUUUGAGCUUGUUGAUUUUAUAUGCAAUUCAUCAUUUAUAUCCCCUCCUUCAUUUACAAAUAUAUUAAGAUAUGUACUGAUCUGCCAUUCUGUUAUAAUUGUAUUGGCUGCUCCAUGCCAUCUACCUCUGUACUAUAAUCAACCAUGUUUUAAGACUAAAUGUGCCACAAUUGUUCUCAGAAACCUAGCAGCUACUAGUCAUUUUGUCUAAAGCCGAUACAGUGUUGUCAAUACACAGAAACAAUGGAAUACUGUAUUGCAGAAUAGAGUCUAUCACUGUUAUGAAUUCUUUAGUUCAGAUUCUGUACAUGGGGAUUUUUUUUAUUGGAAUUGUAAAAUACACUCAAACAAAAUACGCUCACACAAAAUACACUUCUCUGCACUUUGUAGAAAAUGCCCAUGUAAUCAGCCUCAGAAUCACAGUAAACUGCCCUGAUAUUUUAGCAAGUGUAAGAAAUUGGUUACAAAAGUUCUUGAAGUACAUCUUUGGUGCAUGUCUGUGUAAAGCAAAUUGUGAUUAUAAGUUUUCUUUUUAUAUGCCAAUGUUGAGAAGUACAUGUAAUUAGCAAUACCAACAUAACCCCACUUACUCCAAACAAGAAUGUCCAAAAUAAGGAAAUGCAUUAUCUUGGCACGAUGGGUGGACUUUGCAAUCACAAUUUCCAUUCCGGAGUGUUAAUAUUGAUAGCAAGAAACCGUAUUGAUCAAAUCUUGGCUUUUUAUACCAUUUUGUGUGCAGGACCAAUGUAUGUGUCAAUGCAUGUUUGCAACUUUCCAAAAAAAAUAGGGAUGCUUUUCUUGAGUUUGGUGAAGAAAAACCCAAGGGAAGCUGGCCACUGGUGUCAAAAACAGAUGUUGUAAUGUUUGGAUUAGGUGUUUAUUAUGUUGUGCCAGCUGUAACAUACUAUAUCUACCCUUGUACAGACAACAGGGAUUGAAGAGAAGAUCCCUGCUAUGGUAGAACAGAGGGUUUCCAGUGGUCAGCUCCUUGUGUGUAGAAUUGGCUGUGGCUGUCCUGAUGACCUUCCCUGCACUUGUUCUCUCCUGUUCCUACAACCUUCUUGUGCUCCUGCCAAGUCAUGUAAACCUUAUCUAUGUCUGGCAGUAUUAAGUAGACUAUUAGAGGUACUCCUUAUGAUAUAUGCUCUGUAAUAAGUACUCAUUUUGUUAAUAAACUUGUUGAGAA